CAAUUUGUCAAAAAAUGAAGGCCGAUUUUCGGUACGAUAGUUUAUUUUUGUAAUGUUUUAGAUUAUAUUUUAUUGAAGUGCGGCAUUAAUAUCGAUUAUGACUGAACCGUGGAGUAGCGCAGAUUCUGGAAUUUUGCGAAAGCAUAAAGCUCCUGAUGUGGAAGAAUUGCUGGUUUUUGGUUAUUCUUGUAAAUUAUUUCGAGAUGACGAAAAGGCUUUGUCAAUCGACCAAGGAAAACAUCUUAUACCAUGGAUGGGGGAUGAGAAAGUGAAAAUAGACAGAUAUGAUGGACGUGGAGCCCUAGCGGAUCUCCAAGCCCAUGAAGCUAUAUCACAUUGGGACUACAAUGAAGGACUUAGUGAUGAAGAAAGAAGAGCAGAACAGCUUUGCGAUGAAGAGAGGUACAGAGCGUUGUAUGAGCGGUCGGAAGAAGAAGAAAUAUAUAAAGAAGAGGUAAUGAAGAGGGCACAACAACAAGAUCAUGUGAAAGUGUAUGGACAAGUGCCAUUCAAUUAUUCAGAUGUUGGUGGUGGUGAUGAUGAACCUGAAGAUACUUCUAAAUCCACGGAUUUAGAUGAAAAUGAGCCUUAUGUACCACCAACCAAUUUAGAUAUUCCAAUUAAUAUGAAACUACCUCCUAACAAAAAAUUAGCUAUUAUUCUUGAAAGAACAGCAAAUUUUAUUGCUCAACAAGGCGGUCAAAUGGAAAUUUUAUUGAAAGCAAAACAGCAACACAACCCACAGUUUGAAUUUUUAAAUCAUGACAAUGAACUAUUUGCAUUUUAUAGGCAUGUUUUAAUGGCAAUCAAAACUGGUCGUUAUAAAUAUACAGAGGCUCCAGAAAAACCUGAAAAGGAAUCAACACAACAUUCUGAAGAUGAAGCUUCAUAUUACCUUCACCCCAGUCUCGCCUCAAAUAUAUCUAAGGUUGACUCGGCUCCCGCUUUACCUUCUAUUCCAACGUUAAACUACAAACCAUCGGCAGAUUGUGCUUAUUCAAUGUUAGUUAAUAAAAUUAAAGGCACCAGUACAACAACAGAAACAACGCCAGAAGCUGAAAAAGAGUCCAAUGUUAAUGUAGAAUUAGAUAAACAACCUGAAAAAGUAGAAUCUAAUGACACUAAUACUAAUGCUAGUAGUGAAGAUUAUGUUAAUCAAUGGAAUCAAUAUUAUAAUAGUGAACAGUAUCAAGAAUAUUAUAGACAUUAUUAUUAUGCUACUUAUGGCAUUGAUCCCUUAUCACUGGAUUACAACAAUGCAAUUCAGAAACCUCCAGUCAUGUAUUUACAAAGUAAUCCACCGAUGCCACCAGAUAAUCCCCCAGAAAAUACCGAAAAAGCUGCUGUUCCAAGUGUUGCUGAACCCGUUGUUGAAAAUGAACCGGUCAAGGCACCAAAACCAAAACUCCAAAUUGGUGCCUUGGCUCAUUACUAUAAUACUGAUAGUGAUAAUAGUGAUAGCGAAAUAGAAGUAGAAAAUCUUGUACCCAUUCCACCCGAUGCUGAGAAAUUGAUCAUUGUUAAAAUGGCUAUAUAUGUUGCUAAAAAUGGAAAAGAGUUUGAGGAAAUUGUUAAAGCCAAAAAGGAUCCUCGUUUCAACUUCUUAACACCUACUCAUCAAUAUCACACUUUUUACAAAACUAAAUUAAAUGCGCAGCUGAUUUCAAUGGGAAAGAUUAUCAAUAACGGUUGUGAAAAUAGUUCUGAAGAUGUUGAAAAGAAAGAUGAUGAAACACCAGAAGAACAGCAACAGCAGAAACCAAAAAUUAUAGCAGCUCCAGUAUCGUUUACGAUCAAAAAGCCUAAAGAACCAGAACAAAUUAUUACCAAGCCAGCGUUGCCGCUUGAAGAUAGUGAUGAGGAUGAAGAACAAACUAAGAAUAUUUCAAAAAUAGAAAGUAGCAGUUAUGUCGCAAAUAAUGAAACAAAUGUAGUAGAAACUAUUAAAGAAUGUACAAAUACUGCUAAAGUUAAACAAGAAAACAAUAGAGAAAGUAUAGAAACUAAAAUAUCAUCAAUUGAUGAUAAGAAAGACGAAGAAAAAGUUAACAGCCCAAGUUCAGAAACGAAUAUUGUAGAUGACGAAAUGGUGAUAUCAUCUGACCCUGAAUUAUCAAAUGCAAGUACACCAGAGUUAGUAAAAAAUGAAACAAAUGGGGAUUCAACAGAAGAUCAAUGUAUAGAAAACAAGGAUAAAAAAUUUCAUUCUGAAAUGACAGCUGUUGAAAAUGAAUGUAUAGAUUUGACUAAUGACUCUGUAAAACCUAAUUGUGAUGAUGAAGUGACAAUUUUGCGAGAGAAUGGAUUGAUUGAUGAAUCAUCUGGAAAUAAUGUAAAAAAACUGCAGUUAGAACGUAAAAAACGUGCAAUGGAAUUUUUAAAUCAUUUAAAAUCUGAAGAUCCUAAGGAAAGUGUACAUAGAAAAAGUAGGAAACAUAGUUCUGAUAAAAAAGAAUCAUCACGCAGACAUAAAAGUAGUAAGCGAUCAAGAAAAAGGUCAGAUUCUGCAUCAGAUGAAAGCCCUCCCAAAAUGAAGAAAUCGAAGAAAAAGUCUAGAUCACAUUCACGAAGCAGUCGAACUCAUAAACAUAGGAAACACAGUAAAAGUAAUCAUCAUGAAGAUGAAUAA